AUGGACAAGUGUUGGAUGCGUUGUACUGACAGAUCGAGCGAUGUUUACUUAAAAGGAGUUGAGAGUUUUCUUCAAUUUGCAUUUAAGCAAUCAGAACUAGAAGAUGAAAUUCCUUGUCCUUGUAAGAAAUGCAAUAACGUUUUCCACAAGUCUAGAGAUGAAGUCAAGGAACAUCUAAUAAUUUUUGGGAUAGUUCAAGGAUACACACGUUGGCUUUAUCAUGGAGAAUUUGCACCUAAAAAGCAAAAUGUUAAUCAAGAGGAAAAAGGAAAGGAACCAGGUGUUCCUUCUCAAAAGAAAAGAAAAGAGCGAGGUGAUGAUAUGUUUGAGAUGAUAUAUGAUGUUGUUGGUCCUGAAAUCACAAAUGAUUCUAGUGGGGUUAAGUAUAAACAUGGUGAUGCUUCAGAAUCUACUUCCACAUUUUCCAAAUUAUUGGAGGAUGCUGCACAACAACUUUAUCCUGGUUGCGAGACAUUCUCCAAGUUAUCACUAAUUGUGGAACUGUUCCAAAUCAAGUGUCUUUAUGGGUUGAGUGGUAAAGCAGUUGAUAGCAUACUAAAGUUAUUUAAACGAGCACUUCCUUCUGGUGAAACUUUACCAGAGUCAUUUUAUGGAGCAAAAAAAGUGAUUCAAAAUUUAGGUCUUCAUUAUGAAAAGAUACAUGCUUGCGAGAAUGAUUGUAUGUUAUUUUGGAAACAUAAUGCGAAAGCUGAAUCCUGCUUGAUUUGUGGGGAGUCUAGGUGGAAAUCAGUUGAAGGUCAAAACACUAAUGGGGAUACUCAAGGAAAAACUGGGAAAAAAGUUCCUCGAAAAGUGUUGCGUUACUUUCCCUUGAAACCAAGAUUGCAAAGGUUAUUUAUAUCACCAGAAAUAGCUUCAGACAUGACAUGGCAUCAUGAUCGACAUUCAAAAGAUGGGGUUCUUAGACAUCCAGCAGACUCUGAAGCAUGGAAACAUUUUGAUACAUUAAAUUUGGGCUUUGCUAGAGAUCCUCGUAAUGUUAGACUUGGUUUAGCAUCUGAUGGGGUAAAUCCUUUUGGUAAUUUAAGUGUUUCUCACAGCACUUGGCCAGUGAUCACUACUGUCUACAACUUACCCCCUUGGAUGUGCAUGAAGAAACCAUAUUGUUUCUUAUCUUUGUUGAUACCUGGUCCUAAAGCUCAUGUAAAUGAUAUUGAUGUAUACUUAGAACCAUUGAUAGAUGAGUUACGAGAACUAUGGUUUUAUGGAGUCGAUACAUAUGAUGCUUCAAGAAAAGAGAAUUUUUGUAUGCGGGCAGCACUCUUAUGGACUAUAAAUGAUUUUCCCGCUUAUGCCAAUUUAUCUGGAUGGAGUACAAAAGGAGCUUUGGCUUGUCCGUUAUGCAACAAAGACACACCAUCUACUCGAUUAAGGUAUGGUCGUAAGUUUUCUUAUAUGGGUGCUCGUAGAUUUUUAUCAUCUAAUCAUAAGUGGCAGAGUAAUAAACGUGAUUUUCAUGGAAAAGUAGAAAGAAGAUCUGCUCCAGAAAUUCUUUCUGGAAAGGAUGUUUUAAACCAAUUGCUUACUCUUGAGGACAUGAAAUUUGGUAAGACUCCGAAAAAACGGAAGUACAAAAAAAGUAAAGGCAUUCAUAAUUGGAGGAAGCUUGGUUUAGCAUCUGAUGGGGUAAAUCCUUUUGGUAAUUUAAGUGUUUCUCACAGCACUUGGCCAGUGAUCACUACUGUCUACAACUUACCCCCUUGGAUGUGCAUGAAGAAACCAUAUUGUUUCUUAUCUUUGUUGAUACCUGGUCCUAAAGCUCCUGGAAAUGAUAUUGAUGUAUACUUAGAACCAUUGAUAGAUGAGUUAUGA